AUGUCAGGUUGUUUUAAGGUGAAGCAGUGUGGUGUUCGUAUUGUGUACAACAAUCUUGAAGAUACACCAACUGAAGAAGAAAUGAUCCAGCAAAGCCCAUGUUCCGUUUAUCAGAAUUUCUUUGAUGGAGAUUUAUCAGCAUACAAAAUGAGCACAGGAACUUUCCUCCUAAGCAAUCAUGAAUGCUUCUUUGAUCAGCGUUGCUCUGGGCUCACUGAUGAUGAAGAUGAACAAGAUGAGGAUGAACUAGAGUGA